GCUGUUAGCUCGCGCUGGGGGCUAUUGUGUGUGGACUGGAGUCGGGGUGCGUGGAACUAACACGGCUGGGAAGACACCGGAGGCGAGAGCGGCCCUGCCUCCUCUCACCAUUGCUCAGCUGCUCCUCGGGUGGGAGGGAGGGAACGGUGUAGUGGCGAAGACCCUGCUGCUCUUGUUUACUGUGUGACAAGCCUUUUCCCGUCUCCCAUGUGCAGCCCUCCACCCACUCGAAACAACCAGGGGUUGGUUGUGUUUGGGCUGUUAAACGCUUUAUUUGACUCUACGACUCUUCUUUCUUUCAGCUUGUUUGGGGGUGGAGGUGAGACCCCUAUUAUCAGCCCUGAAAUGCUGGUGAGGAAAAAAAUAAGAUACCUCUUGCAGUUGGUGCCUGGAAAGCAGCACUUUGGCAUGUACAGAUUCCUUCCUUUCUUCUUUCUCCUUGGGGGAGCCAUGGAGUGGUUUAUGAUCAAUGUCCGGCUUGGCGAAGAGACAUUUUAUGAUGUUUACCGUAGGAAACGGUCGGAGAGACAGUAUGAGCGGAGGAUGGAAGAAAGAUGAAUUUUGCACUGACCCAUUUUGACAGAAAUCACAGGAUUCAAGAGUUCAGGGUAUCAUAGAGAAUUUUAACUCCUGUUAAAUGCAUUCACAAGACUAAAUCUCUGCAAAUUGGACUGUAAUGCACUCAUUGCCAGGUCUAUGAAACAUGGUUUUCCAAAGUAUUUUAUGUAUUCUUCCUUCACCACUUCAGAAUCUUUUCCAGUAAUAUUUUCUGAAUAGAAGGGUAAAGAAUGUUUGUGCAAAGCUCUGUUAAACUAAACUGAAUAAA